AUGAUUGUCGAGCCAGGCAUGGUUGAGGCUCUCAAGAAGGCCACCUCUACGGUAGCACCCAUUCCCACUGUCAUCCCAGGUGCCGACCCCAUCUACCAGACGGCUGGUGAUGUUGGUAACCGUACACUAUGGGCCGUUUGCAUCAUCAUGGCCCUGUCAUCGCUGGCCUUCUAUGGCAUGGCCUUCCGUCAGCCAGUGCAAAAACGCCUGUUCCACAUCCUGACCGCCUUCAUCACCACCUUUGCCUUCCUGUCCUACUUUGCCAUGGCCAGCGGUGAUGGCAUCAGCCUCAACAAGACCGUCAUAACUGAGAGCCACAAGCACGUCCCAGAUACCGAGCAGAUCAUCUACCGUGAGGUCUACUGGGCACGUUACGUUGACUGGAGUGUCACCACCCCACUCCUGCUCAUGGAUCUCGCUCUUAUGGCUGGUCUCAGCGGCGCCAACAUUCUGGUCGCCAUCGUUGCUGAUGUGAUCAUGGUGCUCACUGGUCUCUUCGCUGCUUACGGCAAGGGUGAUGGCCAGAAGUGGGGCUGGUACGCGUGGGCUUGCAUUGCCUACCUUGUCGUCGUUUACCAGCUUGCCGUCAAUGGUCGCUCUACUGUUGCGAGCAAGGACAGCAAGACCAAGGCUUUCUACGGUGCAAUUGCCGGGUUCACCUUGAUCCUCUGGACUGUCUACCCAAUCAUCUGGGGUAUCGCUGAUGGUGGCCGCCUGGUCGGUCUUGAUGCUGAGAUCAUCUCCUAUGCUGUUCUCGAUGUCCUUGCCAAGCCAGUCUUCGGCUUCUGGCUCCUGUUCACCCACGACAGCAUGUCAUCCACCUCCCCAUCGCUCGAAGGCUUCUGGUCCAACGGCUUCGGUAGCCAGGGCACCCUCCGGGUUGGCGAUGACUAA